AUGCGUCUCUAUACCCGCCUUAUCAUCUUUACUUUUCUACAAUAUUGCAUACUUUGUGAAGCUCAAGAAAACGAAAACACUGACAUAACCAACUUUAUACCAACACCAACCACUACUUUUUCAACAUCAGUAAACAAUACAGGAGAUGCAAGCAGCACUAUCAGUAGCACAACUACUGUAGAAGUUUUGCCAACGAACUCUGGAAGCGACGGUAGCGGCAGUACAGCAACUAGUACGAAUGAGACCUCAGCAAAUUUUUCCACACCCGUCUCAUUUACAGCUUCUCCCACGUCAUCUGUACUCACCUAUUUCCCUUUUCCUACGCGUACAGGCUCAAGUACUUCCAUUAUUUCCAGCGGUAGGCCUUCGCCUUCUGCGCCUUUCCCUGAUGAUACUGUUGUUGAGUUGUUCAAUGAAAAUGCCUGUAAUAAGUUAUUAGCCAAUAACUACAAUGGUCUUUCACAAUAUUAUGCUCUUCGAUUGACGGAGUAUUAUUAUCGCAUUUCCGACUACCCCUCGUAA